AUGGAUCCUCUCUUUCUUCUUGCAAUCCUCUCACUUAUCUCUCUACGCUCACAGGUGGCUUAUGGAGACCCUUCUGUUGUCUUUCUUGAUAGCCCAACUCGCAAUUAUCUUCGUCCGCCAUCAGCUGAGACUGAUUCACUUACACUCUCAGAAGUUGGUGCUGCUGCAUCGGUGUUGCUUGGCUUUCCACCCCCUUCUACACUUUCAGCUGCUAGUUCAUCAAAGUUGAAUGAGGUGCUUAUGCCUAAUCCAUUUGAUAGGCCUCAUUCUGUUUUCAUGAUUGAAGUUACAGGAGUUGAAGAUUCUCUACUUAUGGUUGGCUCCGAGAAAUCUGCAUUUAGUAGUUCUCUUAGGGUCAAGGUCUUGGGAAGUGAAGACAAAGUGGACAUUCAACUGUCAGAUGAAAAUGAAGUGUCCUUGAUCUCUUUGACUGAACAAUCACGCCAUGCUGAACACUCAGAUAAAGAACUAAGUGAUUUUGCAUCCUGGUUGGGUGGAUCAUACGUUGAAGACGCGACAGGACCACUGAAUGGAGAGUUGACAUUCCCCAUUGCAAAUGGUGCUCUUCUCAGACUCCGUAUGUCUGAGAAAGCUGACAGAGAAUUCACAACUAGUCUUAUGCUUCUCAUUAAUAAUAUUCAACGGGCUAUGGAGAUGCAUAAAGGAUUGUCUGAAAGUAGGCACAGGCCAGCAGAGCUAAUCACUGGAAGAUUUGAUGGGAUUAAGGUUCUAAAAGACCAUUAUGGAACAGAAGGAGUUUCUCAAGAUGGAUUGGAAUUAUUUGUUAGCUCUGUUUCAAGAAUAUAUGAUUCCUUACAGGCAGCAUACAAAGGCCAACUAGUUGGAGUCAUUGUCUGUGGUGGACCACAUGCCCCAGCAUCGGAGAAUAUGUUAAAUGUGAUGGUUGCUUCUCGACCAUCUGCACGUUGGUUGGAGGAAAAUGAAGCCUCGGCUGCUUUUAUCAAAAUUGCAGAAGUGGCGCUGGUUAGAAAGACACUUGCUUGGAUAACAGGAAUUAUUCUUCUAAUUUCUACUCUUCUGGGGAUCUACUUUCUUUUGAAUAUGCCUCUGACCAAGGACACACUGCUCUAUUCUAAUGUCAAGCUCGACUAG